AUGCUUUCUCAACGCAUCGCCUUCGUGAUUAUAUUCUUUGUUCAUAUUGCAUAUGUUGAAGCGGCAACAUCAAAUUCUUUAUCGGACUGCCAAGCAGUUGUCUCAUCAUUUCGUACCACAAUAAAUUACACUGCAUCAAAUAUAACAGCAACCACAGGAGUAAAUGUGACGUGUUCCCAAUCAGGAAUGGUUUGUCCUGGUCAAACGAUCAAUGGUGUUUGUGUUUGGAAACGAAAAUUAAGUGUAGUUUGUCGAAAUGCAAGUGGAAUAAUCAAAAUUCGUAUUCAAACCAAUGGUUUACCACCACGUUGUGCCGCUGUUCCAAUGGGAACAUUUGCUGAAUUAAAUGUUGAUUUCGAAGUGAAUUUCAAUCCAAGUGUUAGUGUGAAAUCAUUAAAUCAAAAUUUUUCCAGUAUUUCAACACUUUCACAAGCAAUUUGUACACUAACAAGUGUAUCAACAGUUCCGACAGCUUCUGGUUUUGUUAAUUAUGGUACAACAACUUUAAACACAGCAACAGGUGUUUCAGUUGAUGGUGUGAUGAUUUUUAGUCCUGAUUCAGCAAAUAAUAUUGAUCCAUUUUAUCCACCAGCGGGUGGAACUGCUGAGUCAGUUGAUGCUUGUCUUGCUCAUUGUCAAGCAGCUGGUAUUUAUCAUUAUCACAUUGGAACUGGUUGUCAAGUCAGUCUACCAACCGGAAACGUUUCAUCAUGUGCAAGUGUAACUGCAUGUCGUUCAAGUGUUGCGAAUUAUUCAAUUUCAUCAUUUUCAAGUUAUCAAACAAAAACAAUUAUUGGUGUGGCAAAAGAUGGACAUUUGAUCUAUGGACCUUAUUUAUCUGCAGGUACACGCGUGACAUCAGGCUUCGAUGCUUGUAAUGGAAUGUUUCACGAUUCAAAUGGAAACUACGCUUAUUUUGCAACAUCAACUUAUCCAUAUCUUGUUGGUUGUUUUGGUCCUGCCAAUUAUCCUUCGUUCGGUCCAAAUUGUACUACAAAUGGCCCAUCAAGUUAUACAAUGUCAUCCUAUGCAAACGCAUUAUGA